AUGGGAAAAGGUGGCGGUUGCGUUCCGAGCAAGAAAAAACAACCACUAGUCUCCGACGAUCCUGUUUCCACCCGCGAAGCAGCGCCAAUCCCUGUUACAGUCGAAGAGACUAAUGACAUCGCUAGCACGUCUGUAGAGCCGACGAUUUCAGCAAAAUUAAAAAUUUUCAUAGUGUUUUACUCCAUGUAUGGACACGUGGAAGGAUUGGCGAAGAGAAUGAAGAAAGGGGUGGAUGGAGUGGAAGGAGUUGAGGCUUUUCUGUAUCGGGUGGCGGAAACGUUGUCUGAUGAUGUUUUGAUCAAGAUGAAGGCUCCGGAGAAAGAUGUUGGGAUCCCGGAGCUUACGGCGGCAGAGUUGGUGAACGCGGAUGGUGUUUUGUUUGGGUUUCCGACAAGGUAUGGGUGUAUGGCUGCGCAGAUGAAAGCGUUUUUCGAUUCAACGGGGCAGUUGUGGAAGGAGCAGAAACUUGCUGGGAAACCGGCUGGGUUUUUUGUUAGUACUGGGACUCAAGGCGGAGGUCAAGAAACUACUGCAUGGACAGCCAUUACCCAGUUGACCCACCAUGGGAUGUUAUUUGUUCCGGUUGGAUACACCUUUGGAGCUGGUAUGUUCAAGAUGGAUUCCAUUCGAGGGGGCUCUCCAUACGGUGCUGGAGUUUAUGCUGGUGAUGGCUCAAGAGAAGCAAAUGAAACAGAAUUGGCACUUGCCGAACAUCAGGGUAAAUAUAUGGCUACAAUAGUCAAGAGGCUUGCCCUGACCUGA